GCAUCUCCAACCACAGCCCACGCCGCACGACUACAGCCAGGGAACAUCCCAUCGGAUCUGACUCGUCACCACCAAGAGAUCAAGGUUACAGCACCUCCACCACAGAACUCUGCCUCUCCUCCCUGUCGCUUUCAUUCUCCUCUCAAGUUCUUCCUCCACAACAUACACACCUCUGACGAGCACCCAGCUCAUCAACUUCUCCCCGCCACCUGGACAAGACAGCAUGUCUCUCCCGUAACACAUCUUCAACAAUAAGCUGUUGUGCUAUGGCGAGCUUCACGAGCUCCCUCUGUCGUCAUGUCCCCUGGCUGCAGAGCGAUGCGGCCUUCGUCCGACUGCUAUUAUGACCUGCUCUGGACUUUGAUUAGACAGACUUCCCCACGCACGCAGACCAGGUUACGAGACCAAUCUCGAUACAUCUGCCAACGACGACAGUUUCAUGAUUACUUUGUCACCCACCUCCCGUCCUCCUCGCUACAUCCAGACUCUCGCUCUCUCACCGGUCUUGCCCAUAAAUUCCCCAGGAAAGACACCACCCCUCACACCCCAGAUGGCAAAUCUGCCCCAGCUGCCCACCCGUCCAUCAGUCGAGACACCACCGUCGUCCGCAUCCCGCUGAGGAGCGCCAAACAUCACUAUGGAGUGUCAGUCUCAAGAGGUAGUCGUCCCUACAACGAAGACAACCACCAAGCUGGCAUAAUUGAGUUGCCUGCCUUUGCGAAGAAACCUCCUCGCUCCGUUGCCUUUGGAAAUAAACCAAGAGAAGCCACCUCGGCCGACAACACCAGUGGUGAUCCACAGGUCUUUUACUUUGGUGUCUUUGACGGACAUGGUGGGGCGGAAUGCAGCGACUUCUUGCGAGAACGACUGCAUGAUUACGUGGAGAAAACCGCCGUCUCUUUUGAACUUCGCUCGAGUAUUAAGCCAAAAGGCGUACCCUCUGAAACUACUGGUCCUGCCCCUGGUCAGUACGAAGGAGACCAGGAGAGUGUGAAGCAAAGCAAGAAAGCGCUAGCAUCAGUCAAGACUACCAAGGAAGCCCCACAAUUAGACAGUCAAUCAGGUCAGGACACAGAAGGUCAAAAAGACUCGACCGAAUCACAACCUCCAACCCAUCCUGGAGACCCAGCUCUGAUCCAACAUGCAAACGAGGAGAACAUAGCCACUCUCGAGAAGAAGCUAGUGCGAAGCUGGAGAGAUCUGGUCGGGGGAUACUUUCGGAGGUUCAAACCAAGUUAUUUUUCUAUCUACAACGAUUAUCAAACCGGGAAAGAUGGGGCGGCCUCAGGAGCUGCCAUCGAGGAGGUCAUGACCUAUGCCUUCCUCAAGGCUGACUUUGAUUUCGUGGCGGCCCAAGCGGCCAAGCAGUGGGAAACUCGCGACAAUACACGAGCGGAGAGGCCCUUGAACGAGGGUGAUAUCUUGGGUGAACCGUCCAAAGUCGCGCCACAUAUUGGCGGCGUCAAUCGGUUUAAGGGAGGGAGUACUUGCAGUGUUGCUUUGCUAUCGACACCUUCACCAGCCCCAUUCUGGAAUCCCGCCACAACCUCGAGCUUACUGGUUGCGCAUGUGGGAGACACCCGGAUUUUAUUGUGUUCCACCGCAUCAGGAGCAGCCGUACCGCUGACCACCAACCAUCACCCUUCUUCUCCCGUCGAAAGCACUAGGUUACGACGAUAUGCUGCCACAUUUGUGACGGAUUCAUUUGGCGAGGAGAGGAUAUCUGGGUUGGCCAACACGCGUUCUUUUGGAGACAUUGCGUCAAAGCGAAUUGGUGUUAGUGCAGAGCCAGAGAUUAGAAGAGUCGAGCUCGGGGCAGCGGAAUAUUCCUUUAUGGUCCUCAUGUCAGACGGGGUAUCUGGCACGCUCGAAGAUCAAGAAGUGGUGGACAUUAUCAAAGAGGCCAAGACUCCAGAACAGGCCGCACGAGACGUGGUCAACUUUGCCACAGAAGUCACCUCUGACGGAGACAAUGCCACAUGUUUGGUGGUACGCAUGGGCGGCUGGGAAAGACGCCAGGAGGGUGGACAUGGUAGUCUCAGAACGAAGGAGGCUCGAGAUUAUAAACGUCAGUUGGCAUCAGAUCCUCGAAGCAGGCGUCAGUGAAUGUCGGGUUGUAUAUAGGGUGGAUGGUUGAGAACAAUGCACGCGAGGAGGUUAAUAGCCGUAGUAUAAACACAUAGAUACCUA